UGCGUAAUGUUGUAAUGUUUAUUAUUACGAAUAGUGCUUGAAAAAAGAAAAAAAAUGUGCUUGUAAACAUGUCGUUUAACAAACUACCACCAUAUCUGCUAUUGGAGCUGCCUCCUGUGACGGAACAGAUACAUUUUCCAUUAAAAAGUGCGCAAAGAAUUAAGUACACAUGCUUUGACGUGUCCAAGUCACUCAUAGCAUUUGGAGCUACCAGCGGAGGAAUCUACAUCUUCAACAGGAGUCCAUGUGAAUUUGUCCAACUUAUCCCUAAUAAGGAUGGUGCCAUAACACGCGUGGCCAUAUCCAAAGAUGAGAAACACAUCGCCUGCGCGAAUGGCAGGGGCAUUGUGACCGUCACUGACUGUGACCAGGCCUGCGCACACACCGUUACUUCUAAGGAACAUGCCGGGAAUGAAGUGACCGCCAUGGCGUGGAGCGGCAAUAUGCUGUUCACCGGGGACGACGUCGGCCGGAUAUCCGUUUUGCAUCUGCACACUUUCAUUGCAAAGACGAUGUUCCAAAGUUCGUCCCAGACCAUAAUGAGCCUAGACUCCCGAAUAUGCCAACUGGACAUGCGAGACUGUAUGCUCCUCGUAUCAACUCUCACCAGAUGCUAUGUCUGCAACACAACACAAGAGCAAUACAGGCAAAUCGGGCAGAAAUUAAGAGAUGGAGAAUUUGGAGCCUGCUUUGUAACUCAAGAGAAAAAUUUUGACAAUCCCACAGAUAACGGCAAAGAUGUAAAGGAAGUUAAAAGAUACAAUAUUGUUGAUGAUGAUGCUGGAUUCGCUGUUGGAGAGAAAUUAGCAAAUACACUUAUAUAUUGCGCCAGACCAUCGUCUAGGUUAUGGGAAGCAACAGUAGACGGUACUGUCAGAAGAACACAUCAGUUUAAACACUACUUAGCUAAAAACUACAAAGUAGUCACCUUAGAAUCAUAUAACAAUGAAAACGUUUGUAUAGAUGCAAAACAAGAAAGCGAAAUGGAAGGACAGUCUGUAAAUUUUUCCAAAAAUUUUAGUGUAAAAAGUGCCAUAUUUAGUUUCAAAAAAGACGCUUUAUAUUUCUUGAAUGUUGAUAACGUUGAAGAUACUAUGUGGUUUGAUACAUAUAAAGAUAUUAUUGAUUGUAAGAUAUAUAAUGACGAGUUGUAUAUAUGGCUUAGCAAUGGUGCUUUGGUGAAUUUGAAAUAUUUGAAAAUUGAUAAAUUUCUAUUAAAGGCUUAUGUAGAUGAAAAAUAUGCUCUCUGUGCUGAUAUCUGUGCCUUGUUUAGUGAUUACUUACUAUCCAGUAACUUAUCGUCGAAGUUGCACAUUUUAGUUGGUCUUAGAGAGAAGCUUCAACCAGAUGAUAUCCAAAAAAUAGAAAAGGUUUUAGAGAAAAUAGAUAGUUUAAAAGACGCAACUCAAAUGAAAUCUGGCAUUUUUGUUGUUGACAAUACUUAUCUUGCUCAAACAAGUCUAUCAGACGAUGAAUCUAAGUCUACCGAAGAUAAUAAAUUUGGAAAUCUGACACCAGAAGCAUUGCAAGCUUUUAAAGAUUUAGGUGUUACAGUGACAGACAAAUUAAAUUCUAGUAAAAAGAAAUUGAAAGAAAAAUGGGAAGGCUUCGAAGACAAAAUGAAACAUUUCAGUAUUGAGAAGCAAAGUAUACAAGAGGUACAAUUGCCAGAAAGGAGACCACGGCAGGAAGACCCUAGCGAAUAUACUCCUAUAGAAGUAGAUAACGAUAUUAUUUACAAAGAGUCUAGUCCAAAGGCCAUAGAAGUAGACGAUAAAAUAGAAAAUAUAGAUGAUAAAACGUGUAAAGCGCUGUAUCAAUAUUUUAGACUAAGUUUAGUUAGUAAAGAAGAACAGUCGAAUUUAAUAUCAAUAGUAGAUAACUAUGCCUGUGAUAUUAGUGGAAUCCAUAAACUUAUGUUGCUGCUUGAAGAUUAUUGCAUAUCCGUUGGAGCUAGGGAUGAAUCAACACAUGCACCUUACGUUAUAUUCCUAACUUAUUUAAACGUAUCACCGAAGAAAUCUGAAUAUAUAAACGAUAUAUUAAAAGAUGAAACUUUAUAUAAAUAUUUCGUGGACUCCUGUAUAUCAGUAAAUUUAAAAACUCGAAAAGUAACAGAAAUGGGAUGCGAAUGUGGAUUCCCACUGCCAUAUUCAAAAACAGACGAAAAACCGAUGUUCUCAGCAUUGAUAGACGAGUUUAUAGAAAAGCAAUGGUCGAGUGAAACAAGAGGUCAAUGUUACGAUAUUUGUAAGAAAAUGCCAUAUUUAUGGAGAAAGAUAUUAUAUUUACAAAGGAACGAGGAUCUUUUGAACAUUUUGCGGAUAUUACUACAAAUGUUAGAUGAGAAUUUGCUACAUUCAUAUCUUCCGCAGUUCACAUUAGAUACAUGGGACCGUACAAUACAGUUGUACGUGACACUUCACGCGAACUUAUGUUUGAAUUGUAACAAAAAGUUUGAUAAUAUAAAUGUGAGAGAUACAUUAGACUGGGAUGAUUUGGGGGCGAUGUUGAUAAAGUCAGUGGGGGGAAGGAACGCUAUAAAGCUGAUGGAGAAACAUUCAUUGUUGAUCGCGGCGGGGGAGAUUAGUAUGAAGUUUUAUCAUACUUGUUUGAUGGUGUCGCUGUUUGAGAAGUAUGACAAGACCAUAGUGACGCAGCUUACUGAAGUGUUGUACAACACGUAUGAAUAUGAGGAUGUGAGGAAUGAGAUCUGUCAAAUCCUACGAACAACAGUCAACGGAGACAUCAAACACACAGCACUCCCCAUCAUCAUAGCAGCCAAAUCCCCCCACUGGGGGCUCAAAACUCAAACGCCACCCACACACUGUCAAUAAUUAUUGACAAUAUCCCUUCACUCAAUAAUGGCGCUACGGAUUGUGCGUUGUGCGGGCUGCCGCUGCAAAAUGAGAUUCUGAUCAAAGAUGGCGGACUUUGGGUUUUUCGGUGUGGCCAUAUUUUUCACGGAGCUUGUUUAGAUGUUAAU